AUGGAUGCCAUUACCUCUCACCCCCUCGCCUCGCUCUUUGCCAUCACUGCAGUUGUUAGCUAUCUAAACGCCAAGUUCGCGAUAGGCUCUGAUCUCAGAGACAUACGGCACGCGCGAGACUUUGCGCGCCGGAAGCAGCGGAGAGUUGCUUGUGCUAAAAGAACACACUCUCUGUAUGAGAUCCUCGAGCAAUCAGGGGCCGGGGAUGGAGACGACGCGAUUUGGUUCGAGAGCAAAACGAAGUCCUACGGCCAGUUGAAAAAGGGCAUGUUGGUCUUCUCAAAUAUCUCGUAUCAGUUCUCUUUUUGCUAUCCCACUUCUAGACUUGUUGAAACUGCGCCGAAGGUCGACCAACUCGCGGGGUUGCUGCAUGCUCGCAGCAUCAAGACUGGGGAUGUCGUGGCGGUGUUCAUGACGAACUCUCCCGAAAUGGUCGUGACGAUUCUCGCUCUCUCGAAGCUAGGUGCGGUGGCAAGCCUGAUCAAUACGAAUCUUCGGAACGACACCUUAAUCUAUGCUCUGGACAGAUCCAAACCGAUAUACAUACUGUCUACUCCUGAUUUGGCUCAGCAUAUGUCAGAAACCCUUCAAGAUACUACCCGCUCCGGACAUACUCCCCACUCCCCACUCCCCUUGUUCCACGGCACCGCCUUCUUAGCAGGCUUAUGCUACAACCUGGGGUCUGCGGGGACCCUCUGCCUAGCUCGAAAGUUCUCCGCCUCGAGUUUUUGGAAAGACGCAACCGAAUGCAGGGCAAAUCGCAUUCUCUACGUAGGCGAACUAUGCCGUUAUCUCCUCGCAACGCCAACUUCUUCGUACGAUCGAUCUCACUCCGUUACACACGCUUUCGGCAACGGCCUCCGGGCUGAUGUUUGGGAGAAAUUCAGGGAACACUUCGGGAUCGAAGAGAUACGCGAAAUCUACCGUGCUACCGAAGGUAUAGCUAAGUUUGAUAAUCACGGUCGCUCCGCGGCCGGUGCAGGAAAAAUUGGAUUUGCAGGACCUAUCAAACGAUACUUGGAGGAUGUGACGUUUGUGGUCAAGUAUGACCCGGAGACGCAGAUGCCUGUUCGAGAUCCGAAGACAGGCUUUUGUAUUAAGGCGGACCUAGGUGAGGAAGGGGAGGUUAUUGGGCGCGUUUUGAAUUUGAAGCUACUGUCGAAUUAUUUGAACGAUGAUGCGGCGACUGAAAAGAAGCUCUUAAGGGAUGUAUUCCGAAAAGGGGAUUUGUAUCAACGAAUGGGUGAUUUGGUUAUUCAUGAAGAAUCUUGGUGGGUGAGAUUUCAGGAGAGGGUUGGUGAUACCUUUCGUUGGAAAGGGGAGAAUGUGAGUGCCGGGGAGGUAACGGGGCAUAUCUGCCUGCUUCCUAACGUGAUGGAUGCUGCUGUGUUUGGAGUUAAGCUUGAUGGUUACUAUGGCACAGCUGGCGGAGCGAUCAUUGUCUUACACUCACGCACGGAAGCGUCCGAAGAUGAAUUUAUCAACUCUCUCGGCUCUGCUCUGGCUAAGAGAGGAGUCCCAUCCUGCGCUCUACCGCGUCUUGUACGUAUGACCAAUAGCAUCGCAGCGGGGGACACAUUCAAGCAGGCCAAAACCAUUAUGGAAAGGCUAAGCUGGAAUCCGAAUUCCGUUCCACCUCCGGAAGUAAAGUCGGGUGGUGAAGAGGAGUAUCUAGAAGAGCAACUCCAGCAUGAUACGCUGUAUUGGUUUAAUCCUGCGAAAGGGUAUCGGCGGAUGGAUGCACGGGCUUGGAGUGGUAUUGAGAGGGGCACAGUGAAAUUGUGA